GUUCCAGCUCGCCCUGGUUUCGGAUGGACUAACGACAUUCUGCUUGAACAUUUAUCCAAAAGAGUUAAUGCAGUGGACGUUGCAAUCAGAAAGCGUAACAGAUGUCAAUGUCUGGGUGGGCUACUAUAAUGCCGACACAAAAACUACCAGCACCAAUCCCUAUGCGUUCCACAUAAACGCUCUUCAGAUGGAUCUACUUUCUAAAACCAGCAAUGUCGAGGGGCUUUUAUUGAAACCAGUGACUAGGCCCGGAAUCUGGAAAUCCCAUGACGUUUUGGAUUGCAUACAUUGGUACAAUCAACAUAAAAAAAAUAAAAACACGUAUCACGAAAUCAUGUCUAUCUACCUACCGGAAUGCCCAUGUGACCUUAACCUUGCAAGGUUUGAUCCUUGGUACUGGAGAAUUAUUCGGAAAAUUCGACGAUUUUGGUGGCAAAGUGUGGAUGACUUUGAGGGAGAUGUUGUUUGUGUUGACAUGUGGCAUAGAAGUAUAUUUGAUCCAUAUGGAAAGUCCUGUUGCUAUUAUCGCAAUUCGCGUCGAUUCGUUGAGAGGCGUCCACUUGUUGGCGGUCUAUACCACUAUCACCCGUCAUUCUCUGCGAGAAAGCAUGCCAUAUAUGAUGUUGGAAUGAAGCAAAAAUGUUGCAAAUCAAACUACUACGAUUUAUACUAUCAGCUUCAUCCUAUUGGAACUUGUUACACGCGGUCACCCUACAGUCAAGGGAAUUUCUGGGGAGACCCCCAUAUUAUCACAUUGGACCGAAUGAAUUAUACUUUCAACGGGCUUGGAGAAUACACACUUCUUUUGACGGAAUCCAACAACACCUGGUUCACUUUGCAAGCACGAACCGAGCGAGCCAUUAAGCACGAUGGUAACUUGUCUGAUGCGACUAUAUUCAGUGCUUUUGCAGCAAAGGAUCAUACAAAUGCCUCCCUUCACGUAGAAUUGAACUCGGCAAAAGACGGUAUUAUUCUGUACGGCGAUGGAGUGGACCAUACCACAAAGUUCACGUCCGGUGUCGAUUAUGAUUCUUACACGCUAUCCAUUUCGAACUAUAAUAACUCUGCACGGGUGUUUUUCAAAACUACAGGUGUUAUGCUGGACAUUGGCGUUGGUGUCGAGAUGUUAUAUUUGAGUACAACAGUACCAUCAACUUUUGCCAACAUAACACGUGGCCUUCUUGGAAAUUUUGACGGUGAUCCUUCUAAUGACUUGAUGUUUCUAAACGGAACUGUUCUAAACUCAUCAUCAUCAGAACGUGAAAUAUUCUUCUACGGUCAGACAUGGGCUGUAAAUGAAAGUACAACAGUGUUCUUGUAUGAAGAUGGAAAAGAUCACGAUAACUUUCACAACUCUUCAUAUGUACCACUUUUUCUGGACGAGGUUGAUAAUGUGACAAUGGCUUUGGCUGUAGAGGCUUGCAAUGGAACAUUAAGCACAGAAUGUAUUUACGACUUUGCACUCACACUGAAUCCGGUGAUCGCUGCAGAUACAGUAUAUAGAAGACAGCAGUUUGAACAAGAUCAGGAGGAAUUAGACCAAGUUAUACCAAGUGUUGGAGGAUGCAAUGUCGUCAACGUUACUGUAGGGGAAAACGUAACGUGUGCUGUAAAUGUUGACGACAAAAUCGAUAUAAAGAUCCUGGGAAACAACACCUAUAAUGCUGCUUUUGAUCGAUUUUCAUCUAGUAUAGCAUAUACACAUACGGCUGAUAUAUCAUCGCCAUUAAGGUAUCAAGCCGUAAAUCAAGAAGGUCUCGCAUCUGUCGAGCAUGUUAUCUCCGUGAUCGUUUGUACAGGGUGUAACGACCAUGGUAGUUGUACGCCAGCUUUACGGGUCGAUCGGGCUGACGAUAACUUCAGAUACUACGAGUGUGAAUGUCAGCCAGGAUAUGACGGAAUUAACUGCGAAAGUAACUACAAUGGUUGUGCGGGUAAUCCUUGUUCCCUUGGCCGUAACUGCACUGACUUGUCACCGGAGAAGCAGCAAAGUCAAGGACGAGCGUACAUAUGUAGUGAGUGUCCAGUAGGAUACACGGCUCGGGAAGACGACGAUAACGUUUGCAUUGACAUAGAUGAAUGCGCCAAUUACAAUUCUUGCGAACAAUCUUGCAUAAAUACCGAAGGAAGUUUCAUAUGUGUAUGUGAACGAGGAUUACAACUCGACCGCACCAGCUCAUCUGCGUGUAGAGAUAUCAAUGAAUGCGAAGACGAAACUCAUAACUGUAGUCAGGUGUGCGUCAACUUGUACGGCGGUUAUCGAUGUGAAUGUAGGACGGGCUUUGUUCUGAACGAAAUCACUGGGCAAUGUUCACCAGGCGAUGUUAAUCCAUGCGAUUCUGCCGCCAUAGAUUGUACCAAUACUGCAGGAUGCACCGUGGACAAGAACAAUACAACAACAUGUUUUUGCGAAAGGGGGUUCGAGCUUGAUGAUUCGGGAGCAAAUUGCAAAGAUAUUGACGAAUGUCUGCGACGCAUAUGUCCCCAAGAAUGCAUCAAUUUCAGUGGUGGAUUUGAAUGUACGUGUUUGGUUGGAUACAGACUAGAAGAAAUAUCCAGUUGUUCUGAAUGUAAAAUACCAUAUUAUGGACAUGACUGUAACAAUACGUGUGACUGUACCGGAAGAGGGGCGAAGGAAUGCAACCCUGUCAGAGGUUGUGUGUGUGAGGCGGGAUGGACCGGAAGCACGUGCGAUGAUGACAUCAAUGAGUGUGAUGUAGAUCCUGACAUAUGCGCAGAUGUUCGAAAGUAUUGCACUAAUACUGCUGGAUCUUACACGUGUAAUUGCAUAAAUGGGUAUGAUAAGAACGCCGAAGAUUCAUGCACAGAUGUUGAUGAAUGUGCCGACGCGUCGUUACACGACUGCCACCAACUGUGUACAAACAACAUUGGCAGUUACAGCUGCGGUUGCAGCGCUGGUUUUGUCAAAAUGAAUAGAACAUCGUGUCAAGAUUUUGAUGAAUGUGCUCUUCGAACUGCGACCUGUGAACAGAUGUGUGAGAACAAACCUGGCUCCUACAACUGCUAUUGUCACUACGGCUACAAACAGAAUGAUGAUCGUCGGACAUGUACCAAAAUUUCUGAUUCAUGCAGAACAUUGUAUGAUCUUACAUGUUCCGGAUACUGUGUUGUCAAUGAUAACACAUCGGAGUGUAGGUGUCGACAAGGAUUUGUUUUAGGAGAAGAUGCACAGGCAUGCUUUGAUGAAAAUGAAUGUCAAACUAGUGAGUUGAAUGGCUGCGAUUCCGCUGCCACAUGUAUAAACACGGACGGAUCAUAUCUGUGUGAAUGCCCAAUAGGCUCACGUUUGGAAAACGAUGGUCGAACUUGUACAGAAUGCGAUGAAUUCCAUUUUGGUCGAAACUGUACACAGGAGUGCAGCUGCAUUAAGGGGGCAUGUGAUAAUACAAUGGGUUGUAUUUGUGAAAGCGGAUGGAGUGGACCAAACUGCGAUGUAGAUAUUGACGAAUGUGCAUUACGUACUGUUAAAUGCACACACUAUAACAAGCCCUGCGUAAAUUCGCCCGGGUCCGCCUCUUGUCAAUGUAAAACUGGGUACACUGAAGACGAAACAUCAGACGAAUGUUUAGAUAUCGAUGAAUGCGCCAAUAGGUCGACCCAUGAUUGUGAACAAUUUUGCAAUAACAUUGACGGAAGUUACGAAUGCAGCUGUCUACAGGGAUUCAUGCAAAAUGGCAGAAGUUGUACAGACAUGAAUGAGUGCAAUGGAGCGCACGAUUGUGAACAUCAGUGUGAAAACAUUGACGGCAGUUUUAAAUGCGUUUGUGAUACCGGAUACAGCUUGAAUCUCGCGGACAGAAAAUCUUGUAUACAAUGUGUCGAAUUUACUUUUGGGUGGAGUUGCAGCGAAACAUGCGCAUGUCAACAGGAACAUUCCUCCAAAUGCGACCACGUAAAUGGGAGCUGUUACUGUGAACAGGGUUGGAAAGGAAAGAUAUGCUCUGAAGAUGUGGACGAAUGUUCGGAAACGCCUGAAGUUUGCUCUAUGAAAGAUAACAGUCAUUGUGAAAACGUGGACGGGUCGUACUUAUGUUCUUGCGACGCUGGUUACAAUGCCAUCGAUGGCAUGUGUGAAUUCAACUAUGCACUUGUUGUAGGAGUAACAGUAGGUCUCGGUAUUGUCCUUCUGAUCACCGUCACCACUAUUGUCGUUUACAGAAGGAACCGAAAUGCACGCUUUAGCAAUCCUGAUAGGCGACGUGAUGCGGCAGCUACAGCAGACAAACAUAUGAAUGUUUGGCGUCCUUGGCAACAGGAGAUAGAUGCGAGAGAACCCCGGUUCUGGACGAGAAAAACCGUGCGUAUCUCCGUAUCACCUUACCCGGGUUCAACCUAACCGGGCCAGAGAGAAACACCAGACACCGUACUUAGCACAGUACUAAGACGCACUGACAACACACUAUGGAUGUGUGUGUGAGUGUGUGCGUGUGUGCGUGUGUGCGUGCGUGUGGGUGCAAAUGUAUAUAUAAUCGGAAGUUUUAUUCGUUGCAUACAUUUCACUCACUUAUUUACUUUUUUGGGACUUUUUCGGAUAGCAUAUUUUGUGAAACCAUCAUUUUGUAUUAAUACCACAGUAGCAAUUCAUUGUUUAUACCAUAGUUAUUGCUUUCAAUCAUCCUUUAUACAUAUUUACUUGACGACUGUCGCAUGGUAAUGAGAUUUAUUAGAUUUACUGCACUGUGACACAGAACAUUAAUGUUUAAUCAUGAAUUUCCGCUAUGGCCUACUAAGCUUGGUGUAAAAUGUACUAUAUCAUUGUAUUGAAAAUAUCAGUUUGUUAUAGUGUUAUAUAUGUUAUAGAAUUGAUUUAUGUCGAUAGAGAUUAUUAUCACAUAGACCUAAUAUAGAUUGGUACUGGGAAUAACGGAUUUUGAACGAAUUUGCUCACAGAGUAAUGUUUUAGAAGACGAAUUUCAUUUCAUGUAUUGCAGCUUAUGUACGGCUAUCAUAUCUUAGAAAAAAAUAUAUACAACGCUUUUAUCGUACACUAACACAGAUAACAAAUAUUGAAUUGUUGAAUUAUACAAACAAAUCUUUUCUUUUCUAGUCUACAAAAUAUUUACUAAGAAAAAUAAUUAAAUCACUCUGUUGUUCAAGAAUAUUUAGAACUUUAUUGUGUUUUAAGCUUUUUAACGUUUAUAUCUUUUCCUGAUUUUUUAUAUAAUAUAUCUUGAUAACGAAUUUGAAUAUAUUUAACCUUUAACUAUUCAUUCUUGUAGAA